UCAGGAGUGAUCCCGCAGCACCCCGGGGCUCUUGGGGAGCGGAGCACGGUAGUACCUGAUCCCCUGCCCUUAGAGCCAUACCAGCGCCUCCAUACACGCCUUGUGCGCUGGGCAGCCCCCGCCGAGGGGGCUCGGACACCGAGACUAACUGUCUGGGUGAUUGAACUGGCAUUCUGCUGAGGAAAAUGUGACUUUAAAGGCUGCCUGAAGUAGCUGGUGCCCGCGGGCCCAGCCGCUCCUGGGCGGGAUGGAACCGCCGCGCCGCGGGGCUUCCUCAGCCUUCCCGCCCUGCUGCCUCAGGGGCGGGCGGGCAGCCGGCUCCUUCCCGGUGCUGUGGAAAAAACACGAUGUCAGCUAGGGUUUAAGUGCCAUAUAUAGUAUGUGGACAAGACUGCAAACUCCGGGGAUCUGUCUUUGACCAGGAGAAUACCUGGGACAGUUGCUCCAGGCCUCUCACCACCGAAAUCAUUAACUGCACCCCACUGUAAAGGUCAGCCUUGCAGCUUUGGAAGACAAACUUCCUCUGAUCCUGGGUGUGAUAAAGGUUGAUACUGUCAGAUGCAAGUCAAAUAGAAGAGGUUACAAUGUAAUAUGUUUUACUCUAAGUAGAAAGCCAAUGGCAAUUUUACUCAGGCUUGGUCACUGUAACAGAAGGACUGGCUGUAAGAUGGAGCUGCCUGGCCUUGCUUUUGCUGUUUGGAUGUUUAUUUGCUUCUGUGCAUCUGUGGAUGGCUAUCCAAGUGGAAAAGUAAAAGAAGCCUGUGGUAGCAUGAUACCCUGUCACGGUAGCUCUCCACAACUGUCACCUGAGCACACCAUUACAGUGAAUGGGACUGAAUUUAAACCAGGGGACAAAAUAGAAGUUCAUCUGUCUGGACCAGAUUUUGAAGGAUUUUUCAUACAAGCCCGGGAUGCAGAACACCUGGAUAGCCCUGCAGUUGGCUCUUUCGUGUUAGUUGACCGGAGACUUUCUCAGCUUCUGACAUGUGGCCGUACCAAGAAUUCAGCUGUCAGUCACACAAGUAAAGCAAAAAAGAAAGAUGUAAAAGCUUACUGGAUUGCUCCUGGAGAUGCACCAAAACGUGUACAGUUUCUAGCUACAGUUGUGAAGAAAUACAAGAUUUUCUGGGUGAAGAUUCCUGGUCCUAUUGUUUCUCAGCCUAAUAUACCAUCCCCAACAACACCCUCGCACGCAACAUCCCAGGCUAUAUCAACUUCACACCCAAUUUCGUACUUAUCAAAACCAUUUAAUGCAUCAGGUUGUGGAAGUAUGAAGUUCUGCAUUAGGAACCCUUCAAACUGUGAUCCUGAAAGUGCUUCCUGCUUUUUUCUAUCCUUCCAACAAGAGAAGAGUUCAGUAUUUAUUGAAAUGAGUGGUCCAAGUGAAGGAUAUUUAGCAUUUGCAUUGUCCCAUGACCAGUGGAUGGGUGGUGAUGAUGCGUAUCUGUGCAUUAAUGAGGACCACCGUGUUCAUGUAAGCACUGCCUAUCUGAAGGGGCGAAGUCCUCCUGUUUUGGAUUCAGAGAAUGCCCUUGAAGAUGUGUCAUGGAGGCUCGUGGAUGGUGUUCUUCAAUGUUCUUUCAGAAGGAGUAUUCGUCUUCCUGCUUAUAAAGGGAGAUUUAAUCUGGAUGCCAGUUACUACAUCUUUCUGGCAGACGGGGAAGCUAGUGGAGGUGGACUAAUACACAAACAUCGUCGUCAGCCUCUGAUCACCAAUGGAAUGUACAACGUCGCAGGCCUUCCUCAGGAUGUUGGAGGCUCCCGGUCCCCACGACUUAUCAAGGCUCAUGGAGCGCUAAUGUUUGUGGCCUGGAUUACCACAGUUAGUAUUGGAGUUAUCGUUGCACGAUUCUUCAAACCUGUCUGGUCACAUUCAUUCCUGUUUGGAAAGGAGAUGUGGUUUCAGGUGCAUCGUAUGCUUAUGUUGACCACAGUCAUGCUUACAAGCAUUUCUUUUGUGUUGCCUUUUAUAUACCGAGGAGGUUGGAGCCAACAAGCAGGUUUUCAUCCCUAUCUUGGCUGUACCGUGAUGGCUCUGACAGUCUUUCAGCUGCUUUUGGCAGGUUUCAGACCAUCUCGUCAUGCCCCAAGGAGGCAAUUAUUUAACUGGUUUCACUGGAGUACUGGUACAACAGCUAGAAUACUGGCUGUGGUGACUAUGUUCUUGGGAAUGGAUCUGCCAGCACUUGACCUACCAGACCCCUGGGACACCUAUACAAUGAUUGGUUUUGUAGCUUGGCAUGUCAGUAUUGAUGUCCUUCUGGAAAUACACAGCUACUGUCUCAUACGUAAAGUUGAAGUGAUAGAGGAUGACAGAGUGCAGAUACUGCAGUCACUUACAUCUGCAGAGGCAGAGGGUCGUCUGUUUAAACAGAUUGUGUUAACCAUCUAUAUCUGCGGAAAUAUAGUAUUCCUCAUUGCCUUCCUGGCAGCAAUCAACCAAAUAUGAAAUAAGUCACUGAGAAUUUUAUGAUGAAAUAUUGUGCAGUUGAAAAACCUGCGAGGGAUGCUUUCUGUUACAACUUUUCCCUCAGCGCUUCCCUGGAGAUGUAAUUGAAGAGUAAUAGCACACGUGUGUCAUGCUUGGUGUUAGGGAGAACUUGAACUCAAAUCUGUAGGAUGCUGCAGUCCUGCAAAAGCUGUCUUCUGAUGGGACUUUUAAUGGGAGCCUUUGCCUGAGUAAGGAAUUAAGUCUCUGUUUUUUAAGUGCGGUAAUUAACUUAAUUGAAGCGUAUAGGUUAAGAUGACUGAGAAGAUGUGCUGAAAAUGCUGGUUGGAUAGUCAGUUCUCUAAACCUUUUGCAAAUACUAUUGGGAAAACUGGAAAGACUGUUCCGGAAUCUUAUCGUAUCUGUACACUUUACUGUGUUCUAAUGGCACGUGAUGUGACAACUUCCUGCUCAUGACAGUUUUGUGCAUUACAAAAAAAACCCCCAAACAACAAACAAAACCCCAAAGAAACUGCAGUGAAAACUGUCACAAAUGCAGGCUGAUGCAUGAGCUAAAUGCUGUUGUCUGUCUUUGCAGUUAAAUGCAAAAAAUACUCUCUCUGCUCUAAGAGCAGUACAGUUACACAAGCAUAUGGGUUUGGGAACUUCAGUCCUCGAGUACAACCACCAUUUGCCUUACUCAAAAUAUUGUUCUGUCCCGUCCCCCUCAGUGCUCCUAAACCAUAAGGAGAAAACAUGUUUGCCAUGUAAGUGCAUUAAAACCAGUUGUACUUAUCCAAAACUCAAACAGUAAGAACCUAUCUGUGUCUAUGGAUUUCUGUGUUUUGCUGUCUUUGGACGCUUGUGGCUUCUGAGUUACUUCUUUGUAUGAAUAAGAUGGAUUUAUGCCACUUGAUGCUUAAAUGGAAGUGAAAAUAUUUGCUCAGGAAUGUUGCAGUUGUAUUUGCACUAUUGAGCAAAAUGUAGAUCAGGAGUUGGUUUGACUUCAGGAAAAACAGCUUCUGUUAAUGUUAAGGGAAAGUCAUUUGAGCUGGCUUGUCUAGGAGACAGGACUGUCUAAGAGUAUGGGAGGGCAUUUUUUUAGUUGUCAAAAGAUUUAUCAAAAUAAUGAACUAGCUACAGGGAAUGGAAAGUGACUAUAUUGUUUAACUUUAGUUUAGUAUGGAAGUAUACUCUUGAAAUGGCAUCUCAGAAUUGAACCCUUAAUAUGCCAUGCAGUGCAGUGCUUUGCAUUUGUGUUUUUGCAGCUCUGAGCAGUUUGCUUCCAUGCAUCUUCAUUUUUUUGAUACUGGAAAGUAUCGGGUUUUAGUUUUAACACUUCAAAAUAUGUCUUCAGGCUAGGGCUACUAAGCUACCUGGGAAUAAAGGUGUUGGAGGAUUGGAGAGAAUAGUAAAUAGUGAGCCCUGGCUUGGUAAAGACUAUUACAGCAACAUCUCUCUACUACCUGACAGCCAGCUCUAAAAUACUCGUAUAUGUGGGUCAGGUAGUGGUUCUUUCUAUUUACUAAAGGUGUCUGUUUCUGUCUCUUCCUUCAUCUCCCCAAAUCCACAAUGCAGCCCAUUGCAGAGACAAGUCAUAUUCAGAAAGCUACAAGUUUGUAGUCAGUGAUCUUCUUUUUUGCUGCUUUAGUAACUGGUUUAGCCAAAAGAGUGUUUAUAGAGCUGGGAUUAAUCCCUCUGUCAGCAGCAGAAUGCAUGUAAGUAUAAGCUGAAUUGUCCCCCUUCCCCCUGGAAGCUGGAAAAAUCACGUGCAGAUUGGCAAAGGGGGACCAUGAAGAAAUAUGGCGAAGCCCAGGCUGAAGGGCAAGAAGUAUAUUGUGAAUUGUGUGGGUUUGGGGUUUUUUUAGAGAACUUUGAUCUCAGAAGCCUGGGAAUCACAGGCCCAUCUAGUGCUGGAGUUUUGGGGACUGUUUCGUAUACCAUGAGUUUAUAGAAGAAAGUCUCUCAACCUAGGCACAACUGAUGGCUUUUUAAAUUAAAGUCAAUGCCGGAUUCUUUCUGUAAUACAAUAGCUGUACUGUGUGUUGUUUCAUUUGCAUGUGACAACGAGCACAGGGUUUUUAAAACAUGAAUGUAAUUAUCUUAAAAAAAGAUUUUCUCUUUUAUUAAGGUGGAAACACUAUCAAAUAGAAACUAGAAAGAAAAGUCUUGCCUAGCAGCAAAAUGGAUCGUCUCUUUUCUUUGUAGAUGACAUUUUAUAAAUUAAAGCUAUCUAAAUGCUUCCUGCAGAAACCUGUAUUGAUAUUGAAUGUUAAAAUAGUUUCUCUCUGUAAUGCAGAGUUUCUUUUCCUCAAGAAGGAAAAAAAAAAAUAAUCCUUGUUCAACAUCUAACAGAGCUUCAAAGUUGUCAAAAUUGUCAGUUGCUGUUUGGAUAACUUGGUCCUUCCCAGCGCUAGCAAUAUUGCAUAGUUUCUUACAUGAGGCCGUACGUGCAUUAUUGUAACUUAUUUGAUUGGAAAAACCUGUUAAUUUUGCACAGUGUUUGUUCAUACCACCACUCCUGCCCUCGUCCUGUGUGACUAGGAAGAGGAAGCAGUGUACCACUGUAUUCUACUGACUUCCAAAAUUUCUGGUAUACGCCUUUGAGAAAAAAGAAGAAAAAAUCUAUGGAAGUGUUAGAUAUCAGCAGAAAAAUAGGUGACAGGCAGAAAAACCGGUUCUAGAGACACUGGCAGCUGCUGUAUAUUUUUUCUUGAGUGAUAAAAAAUUGCGUAGAAGAAAAUUCCCAUUGCUUCACUUCAUAAAGGAAUACCACUGAAGUCAAGAAAACGUCUUCAAAAGAAGACAUCAGGAAGAUUUCAGUGUUCUCUUUUACUCUCUGAUUAAACUUGCGAUGACAAAUCAA